UCUCUCUCUUCCUUAAUAUCAACCCAUCCAAUAAAGAACACGGAUAGCAAAUUCCAUUCUUUUUUAACAUCCCCUUCCCCUCCCCCGCUUCUCCUCCCCCUUCCUCGCAACAUAUACCACGCACCUCACCAUCUUUCGGUGUUCCCUUCCUCUUUUUCUCUCUCUCCGAAACAGACAAACCCCCAAGCAGCGGCAGUGAGGAAAAAGAAAGGAAGGGAAGCUCCGUUUAAAAGCAGAUCAAAGCGCCGGAGAUCAGGAAGGCGAGGAGAACCGGGAGGCGGCGCGCGCAGAGAUAGCGGAGGAGAUCGUGCGCGCGCGCGGCAGGCUCUGUCAGGGUAAAGAAGGAAAGGAAAGGAUAUGGCCUCGUCUUCGGCGUCGUCGGUGCCGGCGCCCGGGGCGGUGAUCACGCUGGCGGCGGCGGCGGCGGCUGCGAACGGCGCCGGGGGCGUGUGCGGCACGGGGUCGCCGUGCGCGGCGUGCAAGUUCCUGCGGCGCAAGUGCCAGCCGGACUGCGUGUUCGCGCCCUACUUCCCGCCGGACAACCCGCAGAAGUUCGUGCAGGUGCACCGCGUGUUCGGCGCCAGCAACGUGACCAAGCUCCUGAACGAGCUCCACCCUUACCAGCGCGAGGACGCCGUGAACUCGCUCGCCUACGAGGCCGACAUGCGCCUCCGCGACCCCGUCUACGGCUGCGUCGCCGUCAUCUCCAUCCUCCAGCGCAACCUCCGCCAGCUCCAGCAGGACCUCGCCCGCGCCAAGUUCGAGCUCUCCAGAUACCAGUCUGCGGCGGGGCAGAACGGGCAGCAGGCGGCGAUGGCGGAGUUCAUAGGCAGCGCGGUGCCGAACGGCUUCAUCAACGUGGGGCACUCGGCGGCGCUCGGAGGAUUCGGGCAAGAUCAGCAGUUUUCGGCCGUGCAGAUGCUGUCCAGGAGCUACGCCGAGGGGGAGCCCAUCGCGAGGCUGGGGCUCAACGGAGGAUACGAGUUCGGGUACUCGGCGGGGAUUGCCGGGGCCGGGUCGGUCUCGGGAGGCCUUGGCAUGCUUGGCGGCUCGCCCUUCUUGAAGCCCGGCAUCGCCGGCACCGACGACAGGGCCGGGGCCGGGCAGUAGCUGCAAGGUCACUCUCUGUCAGGUUGCUGAGAGAGCCCGGAACACCCAAAAAGAGUCACCAAUCAAGUUGUGCUGAGAAGACUGAAGUGGUGAAACGUCCUGAAUUAAUGUCCAUCGUCUUGGGAGUGUUAAUUGAUUGUGUUUAGUCUGUUUUGCGUGAAGGAUUAAUGCAUGUGUUUAGUCUGCUUUAAUUUGCUUCACCCUUUAAUUAGUUCCAUCUACAAUAUAUGCGUGUCUGGUUGUUGACGUGCUUCUGCAUGCAUGUUAGUCCUUGACUCCUGUCACUCUGAUCGGACUUAAUUCUCUCUUAAUUCUUAUAUACCACUACUACGUACAA